AUGGGCGGCUGCAACAACACCAGCGGCUCGAUGCGCAGCUGUGAGGCGUACGACAGCCGAACGAAGGUCUGGCGACAGCUGCCGCCAAUGCACACUGCCCGCAAGGAGGCGGCCGCUGCCGUGCACGCCAACAAGGUCUACAUCACCGGCGGCGUCGACUCCUUCUGCAACAGCUCAGUGGAAGUGCUCACCAUGACGUCCACUUCGCCCAGUGGAACUAUCAACUACGCGUGGACAGUGGUCAGCUUCAUGUGUGUGCCGCGUCGAGGACACGCUCUGCUGAGCAGUGGCGGCUGCCUCUACGCAGUGGGCGGCUGCACCGACGUUACCGAGUACACCUGUCUGCGCUCUGUGGAGAAGCUCUCUGCCAAUGGCAACCAGUGGGAAUUUGUGGCGCCGAUGACGGUGGUCCGCCACGCGGCCGCCACCGUCAGCCUCGAAGGAAAGCUUUUUGUCUUUGGCGGCUACGACGGCGCCAGCUGCAGCAAGUCCAUUGAGUGCUACAACACCGCUGCAGCUGGUGGACAGGCGGUGGCAGUAGAAUGGGAACCGGUGGCCGGGUGUCAGCUUCCGGUGGAGAACUCCAGCGCCAGCGCCGUCGCCCUGGCCGACCUGCCCACCGGCCUGCACCUCACCUACUACGGACAGUGUCUGCUGCAGGGAGAGCGCUACCAGCCGACCAAGGCGAAGAAGGAGUACAGUCAGAAGGCGGUGGCCAAGAUGAUGAUUGCCGCCUGCAAGAAAGAGGAGAUCAAGGAGAAGAAAGAGAUGUUCCAGCAGAACUCUCACUGA